CCAACCCCAUCCCCCUGCCUCCAGUGCCCGACCUGCGGCAGCCAGAGCUUGGGGAGCGGCCGGUGGUGGGGAGGGGAGCGAGACAGGCGACCCAGAAGACCGAGGAGCCGCGGCCUCUCCCCACCAGGCCGCCCUGGAUCUCACUGGGCACUGAGGGCACACCGAAACGCCUCUUGUCCCUACGCGCCGACCUCUCCCCUCUUCUGUAGACUUUGCAUCGAUCUCGCUUUGCUCUCCCCACCCUUCCCUGGGCUCCCGACUGCUGCCCUUUCUUCAGUCUGGGAUCGGCCCUUCUCGACGCCCCGCUUUCCUAGGGAGAUGCGAUGAGCCAGUGCCCUCCCGUCCUCAUCACCGCCCCGGGCACGGUACCCGACCGGUGCCCAUGGUGGGGAAGAAGCACCUCGCAGCCCCUUCGUGACGCCCCUCCUUUGGGCCUUCCUCCAGCUGGCGUCCCUGGGCGAUGUCCCAGAGGACCUAGCCAGGAGGUGGGCUCUGCAGCGAAGGGGCUGGAGAGGAUAAAGGACCGGGCCUUGGGCGCCUCUGAGAUGCUCCCAAGCGCCAAAGGGGGCCGAGCGAGGCAUAGGCAACCCGGAGGUAGGCAUGAUGCCCUCGCCUAGUGACUCCAGCCGCUCGCUGACCAGCCGGCCCAGCACCCGGGGCCUUACCCACCUCCGCCUCCACCGACCCUGGCUGCAGGCCCUGCUCACGUUGGGGCUCGCCCAGGUACUCCUAGGUAUCCUGGUGGUAACCUUCAGCAUGGUGGCUUCCUCUGUCACCACCACCGAGAGCAUCAAGAGGUCCUGCCCAUCUUGGGCUGGGUUCUCGCUGGCGUUCUCCGGGGUGGUUGGCAUUGUGUCCUGGAAGCGGCCAUUCACUCUAGUGAUCUCUUUCUUCUCCUUGCUUUCGGUGCUCUGUGUCAUGCUCAGCAUGGCUGGCUCUGUUCUCUCCUGUAAGAAUGCUCAGCUGGCUCGGGACUUUCGAGAGUGCUCCAUGGAAGGGAAGGUCUGUGUGUGCUGCCCCCCUGCCCCCCUACACCGACCCUGUCCAGAAUGGGGCCAGGAACUGAAAGUUGCCCUUAACUCCACCUGUGACGAAGCCCGAGGAGCCCUUAAGAACCUGCUCUUCAGUGUCUGUGGACUCACCAUUUUCGCAGCGAUAAUCUGUACCCUCUCUGCUAUUAUCUGCUGUGUUCAGAUCUUCUCCCUGGAUCUGGUGCAUACGCAGCUGGCCCCAGAACACUCAGUCUCAGGCCCCCUGGGGCCUCUGGCCUGUACAUCCUCACCUCCACCUCCUCUCUUACACACCAUGCUGGACUUGGAGGAAUUUGUGCCACCUGUGCCCCCACCGCCCUACUAUCCCCCAGAGUAUACCUGCAGUUCAGAAACAGAUGCACAGAGCAUCACAUACAAUGGCUCUAUGGAUAGCCCGGUGCCCCUGUACCCUACUGAUUGCCCCCCUUCUUACGAGGCCGUCAUGGGGCUACGAGGAGACAGCCAGGCCACUUUGUUUGAUCCUCAGCUUCAUGAUGGCUCCUGUCCCUGUGAGCGAGUGGCAUCCAUUGUAGAUGUGUCCAUGGACAGCGGGUCACUGGUGUUGUCCGCCAUUGGCGACCUCCCGGGGGGCUCUAGCCCGUCCGAGGACUCAUGCCUGCUGGAGCUCCAGGGCUCUGUGCGCUCGGUCGAUUACGUGCUUUUCCGCUCCAUCCAGCGAAGCCGCGCCGGCUACUGCCUUAGCCUGGACUGCGGCCUGCGGGGCCCCUUUGAGGACAGCCCCUUGCCACGGCGACCCCCACGAUCUGCCCGCUCCUAUUCCUGCUCCGCCCCUGAAGCCCCACCCCCACUGGGUGCCCCCACGGCAGCUCGCAGUUGCCACCGGUUGGAGGGCUGGCCGCCCUGGGUGGGACCCUGCUUCCCGGAGCUGAGGCGGAGGGUCCCCCGGGGAGGCAGCCGUCCAGCUGCUCCCCCUCCCGCUAGAGCCCCAACUCGACGUUUCAGCGAUAGCUCAGGUUCCCUCACCCCACCGGGGCACCGGCCUCCUCACCGGACUCCCCCACCACCACUGCUGCUGCCACGGUCUCACAGCGACCCAGGCAUCACCACCUCCAGUGACACUGCUGACUUCAGGGACCUUUACACCAAAGUGCUUGAGGAAGAAGCUGCCUCGGUUUCCUCUGCAGAUACAGGGCUCUGUUCUGAAGCCUGCCUCUUCCGCCUAGCCCGCUGCCCUUCCCCCAAGUUGUUACGUGCUCGCUCAGCUGAGAAACGCCGCCCUGUGCCCACUUUCCGGAAGGUUCCCCUGCCUUCAGGUCCUGCACCUGCCCACUCUCUGGGGGACCUGAAAGCAAGCUGGCCGGGCCGGGGGCUGGUCACUCGUUUCCUCCAGAUGUCCAGGAAAUCCCCAGACCCCGUUGGGACUGGAGCCCAUGGACAUAAGCAGAUACGCAGGAGCCCAUGGGGCCGACCUGGCCGGGAGAGCCUCCACCUUCGCAGCUGUGGUGAUUUGAGCUCUGGCUCCUCCUUGCGCAGACUCCUGUCUGGCCGCCGGCUAGAGCAUGGAGGCCGGCCCCACAGCCUCAGCCUCAAUGGAGGCAGCCAGGAAACUGGGCUCUGACCGAGCUUCUUGUCACACUGAACAGAUGCAGAUGAAUGCUGGAGCCAUGUGUACCAACUGGUUCCAACCAGCAUCCCCCAGCAUCCCUGUACACUGACUGGCACAAAUAGAAACCCGCUGUAUGCCCUCCCAAGGCGUUCUUUCCCGCCUGCCUUUGGGGGCUCCUGCUGCUUGCCCCUGUCCUUCUGGACUUGGGACCUUCUAUCCUGUGCUGCAUGGGUGUUCAAGCUGUGGGAGGAGAAUUGGAGGAGGAAAUGAGUAAACUCCCUUCAGUAUAAGAAUGCCUUUCUGAUCUUCAGGAAGCACUGUGUUCAGGGCAAAGGCCUAUCCUGAGUGUUUAAGAACAUGGUGGUUUGUGCCUGUGCCAGAUGGUGAGGCAGUCUUGAAGAGACAGAAAUCUAGGUGGCUUUUCUGCUCUGCCACCUCUAGCUGCAUGACCUUGGGCAAGUUAUUUAACCUCAAUUGCCUGAUCUGUAAAACAUUGUGAACAGGAAUGUUUGUAAAGCUCUUAACACUCUGAGUAAGCCUUCAAUAAAUUUCAAUUUCCUCCUUCUCAA